UCAACUAUGGAUUUAUAUUAUUCGCCUCUCACAUCGGACUGCCGUUCGAUCCUAAUGAUCGGCAAGGCUCUGAAUAUUCAGUUUAACAAAACUGUAUUAAAUGUUGCUGAACAGGAGCACCAGAAACCCGAAUUCGCAAAGAUUAAUCCACAACGUGCGAUUCCAACGAUCGUCGACAAUGGCCUCACUCUGUGCGAAUCUCGUGCCAUUUUAAUAUAUUUGGUUGAGAAGUAUGCCAAGGACGAUGCUUUAUAUCCCAAGGAUCCGAAAGGACGUGCGGUUGUGAAUCAACGUUUAUUCUUUGAUGUGGGUACGCUCUAUAAGUCCUUUGCAGACUAUUUCUAUCCCCAGUUCACAAAGAAGCAGCCAGCAGAUCCAGAGCUCCUCAAGAAAUUGCAGGAGGCAGUGGGUUUCCUUAACGCAUUCCUUGAGGGACAGCAGUAUGUUGCGGGCGAUAGAUUGACAAUCGCAGAUAUUUCCAUUUUGGCCACAGUCUCCACUAUUGCGAUGGCCAACUUUGAUCUUGGCAAAUACCCGAACGUUACUAGGUGGUACGAGAAUGCUAAGAAGGUGACUCCAGGCUGGGAUGAGAACGAAAAGGGUCUGAUUGAAGGGAGGGCUCUGCUGGAAAAAUUGAAACAAUGAACCAGCAUUAAGCUCAAUAAUGCAAUAUUAUAAAUUCUAUUCUACUCAUUAAUAAAAAAUGAUUUGAAUCGA